AUGGCUUCCAGUUUGGCACUCACCCUCGAGCAAAAGCAAUGCCCGGUCUGCCACACCCAAGAGGGCCUUCAGCGCUGCGGCGGCUGCCGUGCCGUCUACUACUGCGGCCGCGAGCACCAGGCCAGCCACCGGAACAGCCACAAACACGCGUGCAACGCCAUGAAGAAGGCCUUCGAGGCUCUGCACCGCACGGAGCACAAGCUGAGAGCCCUGCAGCAGGCCGACCUUCUCUUCCUCGCGGAACAGGUGGGCCGCUUCUGGGACAUCCAGGAGACGCGCGACAACAUCCGCGCCCGCUUCGCCCUCGUCGAGACAAUGAUCCUGCACUUCAAGAGCGCCAACGCCGUGCUUGAUUCGCUCGUCCACCUGAUGCACAUGCUAGACCUGUGCCAGAGCGACAACCUGGGCAUGCGCUGGGUCGCGCCGGCGCUCUACCUCCGCCUGGGCUGGGACCAGCAGUGCUACGACUUCCUCAAGUGGUGCGCGACGAAAGGAGAGCGGAUUCGCUAUUACCGCUGGGAUGAGAAGGACGAGCCACCUCUGCGUUUCGAUGGCGCGGAUGUUCUUGAGUCGCCAGAGGGCAUGUGGACGGGCCCCUUGAUCCAGCUGGGCCACGCUGCCUGCGUGAUGCUCAUCAAGGUGCGGGUCGUUCUCGACCUGCAGCACAUGCUGAACGCGACGCGGGCGCUCGAAGGGGUCAUGCCGCGGGAGAUCAUCGACGAGAUCCGCGGCAGCUCGCUGGUGAGCAGCGUCGUGGCCUUGAGGAAAGACAUCAUCCGCGCGUCUACGGAGAGGACCGCGGAGCUGCUGCGACUUGUCAAGCACCAGGUCACGGUAUUGUUCCGCACCAUUGCGAUCUACAACCGCGCUUUCUGGCCUGCGCUGGUUGACUCAGACAGCAGGCCGGAGAGGCGAGCCGAUGCGUACCCGCCGGGGUCAGCAGAGGAGGCAGCUGUCGCGGUUAUGCAUAACCGUGAAGCGUGGAUGGAGACACCGGGUUCUAUCGAAGUCAUCAAGAGUCUAAUGAAGGUGGCUUGA